AUGGCAAUCAAAGUUCAAAGAUGGAUUAUAUUUGAUGACCUCAAUUUAGCUGCAUUGAACGUACUCGAAGGUCUUAAACCUCUAUUCUAUCGAAAUUCAACACACUUCACUAUACCCACAACAGGUGAAACAGUUGACAUAAAAAAUGUUCUGCUACUUGCUACGAUGAAUCCAUCGACGAUUGGUGGUAAACUACUUCGUUCAAUCUAUAACUUAUUCACUAUUGUUACACUCGAUGAUUAUUCAGACGAUGAACUAUAUCUUAUUCUCCAUCGUUUAUUUACUGGUGAUCUAGAGAACCGUACGAUCGAUAUGAACCGACUCGAUGCCUUAUUCAAUAUACAUACAUCAUUGAAAUUACGUGUACGACAAGGCACUCUUGAAAGAAUAGGUGGUUCAUACGAGCUCAAUUUAUAUGAUUUAUCCAAGUUUCGAGAUGUAUUUCGUGGUUCCAUUGUUCGUCAACUCUUCCAUUAUCAAUAUAUCAAUACGAGUGAUGAUGAUAAUCAAGAACAUGAAACAAUAGAAGAACUAAGUCCAGUCAUGAGUGGAUCCGAUGCUCCCUUUUUAUUUAUUCGUAAACUUGCUCAAGUUGUAUAUGCAUGUCAAUUUCAAGACCAAAAAGAUUUUGUUCAAGCGUGUGAAUUGAUUAAUUCGAAAUUUCCAAUCAAUUCAGCCUUGAGGAAACUGGAAAAUGAUUGUUCAGUUGAUGCAAGUACAGCAACUGUUGUACGUAUCGGUUCGAUUUAUAUUAUGACUGGAAGCAAAGAACCCUCGCCGACUGAUAUCGGUCUCAUUUAUACUAAGAAAACUGUUCGUCAAUUAGAACUACUUGCAGCUGCCUGUCAAUCAAAACGAGCUAUUCUUCUUGAAGGAGAUAUUUGCUCACGAAAAUCAUCUCUUGUCAUGGAACUUGCAUGUCUUACACGUCAUCGUCUAAUUAUUAUUCCUCUACAUGAAAAUUUCGAAACAGUCGAUCUAAUCGGUUCUUGGCGACCAAAUAGUGAUCAUGAACAGAAAGAUCCAUUAUUCAAUCAAAUUGAUACAAUGUUUAAACAAAUUAUUAACGUGCUUUGUCUUAGUUUUGUGAAGUGA